CAGAGAAAUCUCUGUCUGACCUUUGGAACCAACCUUGGAAACUCCGGAGCCUUUUUCACCAUUAAUAAAUAUGAACUUCUGGAGCACAGUAAGAAAACAAGAGAGAAGCUUCUGGCUGGUUGAGUCAGCAUAUAUCACCCGGGAAGUUGAUGAACGUUUUGGAAGGGCAAAAAAAGAGAAGCCUGAGACCAUCCCCAAGGCCAAGGCUGAAUAACCUUGAUUUUAUUCAUUAUCCACUACAACCGUUACAUUGGUGUCAAGCCAGCCUGAGAUGGACGGACCUGUUGGGGCCGGGUAUCUGACCAUCUCCCGAAGAGCCCGAAGUUGGAGGCAAAGUUAAGGCAUUUGGUUUCAGAAGAAUGCGCAAAAACUGACAUGGCAAAUGAUCGCUCAACAUCUCAUGCACAAGGUGAAUUAUCUUCGGUAUGGCGGAGAGGGAUCCAUGAUAAAAUCACUCGAUUGCGCAGUGGAUUCCUUUAAAUAAAUGGGGACAUAGCUGUUAGUGAUGGAGGAGACAGGUUUUGCUAUGUCACCUCCUAAUGUUACUCCUUCUGUUGCAACAGCCAUGCAUGCGAUUUUUUGAUGAGGGAUGUCAUUUUGAGCCUUUGGCGCCUCUCUGGCUGUUCUGUCCAGUAGCCAGUAGCUUAUGAAUGAAUCGUGCUUGAGGAAUGCACCAUCUAGGUUGCGUGGGUCUGAUAGGGUUAACCUCUCCCAAAGUUAUGAUGUCGGGAUGGAUGAUGAUGCCCACCUAGCAGCGUUGAGCGAGGGCAAAAAGUGGUUAUUAAGACAACUUUGAAAUUACGAGGAUCUAUCUAGUUUGCUUUGUUCCCUCGUUCUUCAAUCUCCUGCUAAUUCGCUCCUUUAUUAUUAUUAAAACGAGUGAAUAUAGACUCACUCCUGCUGGCUGGUACUAAAAUAUAUCAUCUACCUUUGUUGCUACCAGUUGCUCCUCCUCUACUCCAACUAUCUCGAUGACGAUUUGUUGAAACUCAAAUCCUCAUACCUAUUACCCAUCUAUCUCUAUAUCUGACAUAUCAACCACAUCAAGCAUAAUAAUGCGGGUAAUUAUUAGAAAAGAUCCGCAGAGAGUCUCUGAAUACAUUGCGGACUAUAUCAUCAGCCGUAUCAAGCAAUUCGCUCCCUCAGAAGAUAAGCCCUUCGUCCUGGGCUUACCAACCGGAAGUAGCCCACAGACCGUUUAUCGUAUUCUAGUCCAGCGAUAUAAAGCUGGCGACAUAUCCUUCAGACAUGUCAUCACUUUCAACAUGGACGAGUAUGUCGGGCUUCCCCGCGAUCACCCCCAAAGCUACCACAGCUUCAUGUACAAACACUUCUUCUCGCACGUCGACAUCCUGCCAAAAAACAUAAACAUUCUAAACGGCAAUGCCGCCGACCCGAUAAAAGAAUGCGCGGACUAUGAAGCUAAAAUCCUAGAGGUGGGCGGCAUAGAUCUAUUCCUCGGUGGCGUUGGCGCGGACGGGCACAUUGCUUUCAACGAACCGGGUAGCAGUCUCCGCUCGCGCACGCGUGUCAAGACACUCGCCUAUGACACUAUUCUGGCCAACUCGCGCUUUUUCGACAACGAUAUGUCCAAAGUGCCGCGCCAGUCGAUGACAGUGGGUAUCCAAACGAUCUUGGAUGCGCGGGAGGUGGUGAUUGUCGCGACAGGCGCGCAUAAGGCUACCGCGUUGCAAAUGGGCCUGGAAAGCGGCGUCAAUCACAUGUGGACGCUGUCCGCGCUCCAGCUACAUCCACAUCCUCUCAUUGUUGCAGAUGAGGAUGCGACGUUGGAGUUGAAGGUGAAGACUGUCAAGUAUUUCGUCAGCAUUGAGCAAGCCGGCACCGAUGCGCGGACUCAGGGUCCCCCAUUGGUCCAUCGCACAAAACAAUAUAGGCCACCAGUCAUUACUCCGCCUCUCUCCCCCGGUGCAAACGAUGGCGCAACGCCCGUGAAGGACAGCAAGCUCACAAUCGACACAUCCGGCUUCCACCCACGAACUGCGAAUGGUGGCGGGGAAGAGGAGUUGGACGAGCUGACUCCAGACAGCAUGUCAUCUCGCCUUAAAGAUUCUUCAAUCGCAGGACUUGAUGAGACGAUGAUUGCGGCGGAUUUGGUUUUUGAUCGGAUGGGGUCGAGAAUUGAUGAAGUAUAAGUGGCGGUGGUGGGGAGGCUAUUUUACGCAAACCAUUGGAAAAGAUCUCCCUCCCCUAUUGACAGGGAGCUUCAAACCAACCAACCUCAAUAUCGACAUGAAGUGCUCUUCAAGGAAUAUCUGCUCAAUAAUGCCGUCAUUUGGAAUCCUUUAUAUUUUUCAUUUCUUCACUUGAGAGAGGACAUCUUGUUUCAUUGCCAAAAAAAAAAAAAAAAAAAAAAAAAAAAAAA